AUUACUUACAGUACUUAGACUCGUAUCCAUUUCCAACACCCGACCUACCUAGGUACAUAACAGCACGUCUUUUUGUUUCCAUUACACGACCUGUACAUCACCACUCGGACUCGCAUUGACAUUGAGCCUGACAUAACAAAACAUCUGAAUUGUUCAGUCACUCAUUGCCCACACCUCGCUAGUCCCAUCAUAUCAUAUCAUAUCAUAUUAUAAUCAUCUCCGUGAUUAGACUUAAAAAUGCCAGCCUCAGCCUCGCCACCACGACCUUUAUCGAGUCGUAAACUCGAUAUUUUAUACCUCGUCUUCUUCAUGAUACAUAUUCCUAUCAUUCUAUUCGUCGACCUCGCAUACUUCUACCCUCCGGCCUUAACCCCAUCUAUCUCGACCACACUACGAACAUUCUACGUCGAGACAUACGCCGAUCGAUUCUUCAUUUCGCCUCCCGCGUGGUUCAAAGCAUUUGGUGUUCUUGAGGGCGUGUAUCACCUCCCCAUCAGUAUUUGGUUUCUCGGGGCGAUUUGGAAUGAUCACUCCCUCGUCCCGCUCCAUCUCCUCAUCUUUGGUCUUGAGACGGCGAUUACCACGUUGACUUGUUUGAUUGAUACGGCCGAGUGGCAUGCGUAUAGUGAGGUGCAGAGAGGGAGGAUUUAUCAGUUGUAUGCGCCGUAUUUGGUUCUUGCCUUGCUCAUGGUCCUUGAUGGUUUUAUCAAGGUGAAACAACAGAUUAUGACGGGAGGUAGCUCCAUCGCGGUUUCGACUGGUAAGAAGACGAAAGAAUCUUGAAGUUUUCGACAAGGAAUACAGGAGCAGCUGAGGAAGAAGAAGAUCGGAGAUCGAGGAAUGACCAGAGAAAGACUUCCUUCAAUUCCCUCACGUUACUGUGGGCGAGAACGAUAGAAACAUCACAUCAAAUCCAGACAAGAUCCGCUGAUAUCAAAAUUCUCUGCCUGGUUCUCUACAUACAGUUCGACGGUCAA